AGGACACCGGACAGGAUUACUAGAUAAUUACAAGUAAAAUUUAAUCCCGUGGGUCAAACUUCUAUAUUUCCAAAAGAAGAAAUAGUGUGGUUUAAUCUCGUACAUGUUGCGUUAGAAUUUAUGUGUGAGAAUAAAGACUCUUUUCUUUGAAUUCUUGGUUUCCAAACAAGUUCUUUUUCUUUUGUUUUUCUUUAAAGUCUUGGUUGUAAAAGAUUUUAAAUCCGUACACGAAUUUGAUCAUCUUGAGCACCUGUUAAACAUGGAUCAAAACAUUGGUGGUGGUGAAUCCAAACCUAGCAGAACUGGUCUUGUUUGCCAGUAUCAGUUUGAAGAUGGAUCAUCCCAGUUCACUUUUCUGCAUAUUGAGAACGAAAAUGGAGCCAACGGCGUCGAUCUUUCACUUAGUUUCACGGCUGAAAAUUACGUGCAACUUGUUUGUUCAUGCAAUGGUUUGCUCCUGUUGUCCAGUGUCGGAGAUCCUGAGGUCAAAUAUCAUGUGUUCAAUCCCAUGUCCAAGCAGCUUUUCAAUCUUCCUCAACCUGACAUCACUAGACGUGUUAUUAGGUCUGGCUUGGCCUUUGAUGGGCAUCAUCGCUAUCAGGUUGUGCUUGUACAUGUUGUUGGUGAUGGCAAGGAAGUGGUUAUUGAUGGUCUAGAAAUGGAGAUCUUCUCUUCUGAUACAGGAAAAUGGAGGAGAAGCCAUCCUGACAAUCUCUUCUUGCCUGUUGUUGCUGUGCCAGACUUCGAGUUUUCUGAACUCAAGACGACUCCCUUGUUCUCCAAUGGAGCCAUUCAUUGGGAGAUUAGUGGAUACUUGCUGGUGUACAAGGUUAACAGUGAAUGCUGCGAGCUAAUAGAGUUGCCAAAUUCUUCAGAGGACUGGUCGUGGCAGGCAACCUUGAUUUACAAGCGAUGUUUAUGGGAAUCUCAGGGGCGAGUUCACUAUACUUAUAAUGAUUUUGAUGGAAUUCAGACUUGGGUUCUUCUUCAUGAAGAUGAUCAUGAUUAUUAUUCAGAUCACAGCAUCUAUGAUCGUAAAAAAUUCAGGUGGGCAUUAGCACAGAGUGUCAAUUAUCAAGACCUGAGUUUGAAGCAUCAAGAAGCUUACUUGCAUCUCGGCCAGCGUGAGUGGGAGCCUUAUGAUGUAUCUCCUUUGGCCUUCUGUGAAGAUUCUGAAACCAUGUAUUUGCAGAUCCCAGGAUUCGUUGUUUCCUACAACACUAGGACAAAAGUUAUGGAGAAAGCCUGCACUUACAAAUUUCCAAGCAUGAAUUUCAACUGCUGCUCAUUCUUGCCGUUUACAAUUGCCGACAGUACAUUUCAUCAGGAAACUGCAAGCGCACUGUUGGAAGGAGUUGCUGAACUGCCCAUCAAAGAAAACCUAGAUACCUUUUCAUUCUAAGUACAGUUUCUUUUACAACAAGUAGUAUUAGCAGUAAUUCUAUGUAUGUUGUUAUUUUGGCUUCUCAGUCUCACCUUUGGUUAUGAAGGGUGAAUGUAACAUGACAAUACAUCCUUAUACAAGUGAUAUUAAUCCAAAAGCUUACCUUAACAGAACAAGAGAAAAGUAAA